AUGGCCUCCAACAUCACGCGAACCGCCGUAUCCAAGAAACAAGCAAACAACCGGUUAGGACAAAUACAAGGGCACAUGGGUUCAACAAGCAAUGGCGAGGCAGCGUCUGCCUUUAGUGCAGACGUCGUACCUCAGGCGCCGGAGGACCCGUUGUUCGGGUUGAUGGCAGCGUACAGAAAGGACACUUCGCCCGACAAGGUGGAUUUGGGUAUCGGCGCAUACAGAGACAACAAUGCCAAGCCGUGGGUUCUACCUGUAGUGAAGCAGGCCGACGAGCUGCUAAGGAAGGAUCCCGACCUGAACCACGAAUAUCUGCCGAUUGCUGGACUGGCAGACUUCACCUCCGCCUCGCAGAAACUUAUCCUUGGCAAGUCAUCGCCGGCCAUUGCAGAUAAGCGCGUCGUCUCAUUACAAACCAUCUCCGGCACCGGUGCUGUCCACCUCGGCGCCCUCUUCCUAUCAAAGUUCUACAACCCGUCCAACCCAGAAGCGAAAGCGAUCUACGCCAGCACACCGACAUGGGCCAACCACAACCAAAUCAUCACAAACGUCCACCUUCCAAUGAAGAACUACCCUUACUUCUCCAAGGAAACCAAAGGUCUCGCUUUCGACGGCAUGAUGGAGGCUCUAUCAUCCGCACCCGACGGCAGCGUCAUACUCCUCCACGCUUGCGCGCACAACCCCACCGGCGUCGAUCCCACGCAGGACCAAUGGAAGCAGAUCGCACAAAUAAUGAGGCGCAAAAACCAGUUCCCCUUCUUCGACUGUGCGUACCAAGGCUUCGCAUCCGGAUCUCUAGAAACGGACGCCUGGGCGAUCAACCACUUCAUCGAGCAAGGUUUCGAGCUCAUGAUCGCGCAAUCCUACGCCAAGAACUUCGGCCUUUACGGUGAGCGGGCAGGCUGCUUCCACUUCGUUGCCGCACCUUCCCCAAACGCUCAAGACGAGAUCAGCAGAGUCGGCAGUCAACUCGCCAUCCUGCAACGAAGUGAGAUCUCCAACCCACCAGCCUACGGCGCGCGCAUCGCUUCGCUCGUGCUGAAUGACGACGCGCUGUUCGCACAGUGGGAGGAAGAUCUACGAACCAUGUCCGGCCGCAUCAUCGAGAUGCGGAAAGCGCUGAAGUCAAAGCUCGAUGAGAUGGAGACUCCUGGCACUUGGAACCAUAUCACGGAUCAGAUCGGCAUGUUCAGUUUUACCGGGUUGAAUGAGCAGCAAGUGCAGAAGCUGCGGGAGAAGUUCCAUAUUUAUAUGACGAAGAACGGCCGUAUAAGCAUGGCUGGGCUUAAUACGAAGAAUGUGGAGUACUUCGCCAAGGCUGUCGACAGUGUGGUGAGGGAGACGGAGAAGUAG